AUGUACACAGCACAAAACGAAGAAUUUACAGUAUUCCGUUUGGAUUAUAACUUAUCUACAUUAUUUGAACAAGUGGAACACUUUAAUCAAUGGACCGAAUCACUGAGCGAUACCAGAACCAGAGGAUGGUGGAUGGUAAAUUCGGUUUUUACUACAUUUACCAUAACCCUUUGUUAUCUUCUAAUAGUAUGGCUGACUCCACGGUUCAUGAAAAAUCACACAGCAUACAGUUUAAAAAAUAUUCUAAUAAUGUACAAUAUAAUGAUGAUAAUAGCAAAUGUAUUCAUUAUAAUAGAAUUGAUAUUGAUGACUACUAAAUUAAACUAUAGUUGGAUGUGUCAGCCGAUAACCUAUGUCAAUGCAGAAGCUGAGCUCAGGAUAGCGACAGCAGUAUGGUUGUAUUAUAUAAUUAAAUUUUUUGAAUUAUUGGACACUAUAUUUUUGAUGCUCCGGAAGAAAGAUAAUCAACUGUCAUUUCUUCAUGUUUACCACCAUUCAACAAUGUUCAUAUUCUCAUGGCUAGGAACAAAAUAUGUACCAGGCGGCUCAGCAUUUUUACCGAUAUUAAUCAACAGUGCUGUACAUGUCAUAAUGUAUAUUUAUUAUGCAUUAGCUGCAAUACAAUGCUCAAAAAUCUUUAAAUACAAAAAAUAUGUUACAAUCAUUCAAUUGGCUCAAUUUUCAUUUGCUCUACCAUUAGGCAUAAAUGCCAUUCAAAGUGGGUGUAAUUGGCCAUUAUGGAUGAAAUAUUUAUUUGUCUUUUAUAUUAUUACAAUGUUGGUUUUAUUUGGAGACUUUUAUAAGAAAAAUUAUAUUAAAAAAGUAAGCAAUAAUGAAAAUGAAGUUGGACAAUGUUUAAAGAAAUUGUGA